GUGUGCCUGGCGGCUCCCGCUGCAGAGCCCGCGCGGACCCGGGGCCGGGCGAGGCGGCGGGGAGGAGCCGGGCGCCGGCGGCCCGAGCUGGUGCGCAUCGCCGGGCGGGCAGCCCCCCCCCCGGUACGGGCGGCCGCAGCCGCGCGGGGCGAGAGGCGGCGGAGGGGGAGGCAGAGCAGAGGCGCUGCCCCUCCCUCCCUCGGCCGGAUAUAUAGUAUCGGACCCAGAGGGGGAGGAGAGGUACCUCCUGCAGAAAGUUAAAGGAAGGAUAGAACAAGAAAGCACCAUGUCUUCAGUAUCAGCUUAUUACAAUGGAAAGAGCAUACUUAUCACAGGAGCUACAGGUUUCAUGGGCAAGGUACUGGUGGAAAAGCUUCUGCGCUGCAGCCCUGAAGUGAAAGCAGUCUAUAUACUUGUCAGGCCAAAGGCUGGACAAUCAAUGCAAGAGAGAGUGGCCAACAUGUUGAAAUGCAAGGUGUUUGACAGGGUCCGAGAAGAUUGCCCUAAUUUCCAUGAGAAGAUUAAACCUAUUAAUGCUGAACUCAGUGAGCCCAAGCUGGCCAUCAGUGCUGAAGAUGAGGAGGAGCUUCUGACCCGGGUCAAUAUUGUCUUCCACUGCGCAGCAACAGUUCGCUUCGAUGAGCCCUUGAAACAUGCCCUGCAACUGAAUGCAAUGGGCACGCAGCGGCUCCUAGAGCUGGCACGGCAGAUGCAGAACCUCGAGGCCUUCAUCCACAUCUCCACCGCCUAUGCAAACUGUAUCCGGAAAUUCAUAGAGGAAGUCAUCUACCCACCCCCAGCUGAACCCAAGAAGCUCUUCGAUUUAGUAGAGUGGUUGGAUGAAUCUAUCAUUCAAGACAUCACACCCAAGCUACUUGGGGAAUGGCCCAACACUUACACCUACACCAAAGCCCUGUCAGAAUACCUGGUUCAUCAAGAGAAAGGAAACUUGAACACUGCUAUCAUCAGGCCAUCCAUCGUGGGAGCUAGCUGGCAUGAACCUUUCCCAGGUUGGAUUGACAGCUUCAACGGGACAAGUGGGAUAUUGAUUGCGGCGGGCAAAGGAAUUCUGCAGACUGUCAUCGCCAACAACGAAGCAGUGGCAGACAUGAUUCCUGUAGACAUUGUCAUCAACCUCACCCUCGCGGCUGGGUGGUACACGGCUGUGCACAGACCAAAAAACAUGUUGGUGUACAACUGCACAACAGGUGGAAUCAACCCUUUCUUCUGGGGAGAAAUGAGGCAGUAUGCCAUGUCCACAUUCAAAAGGAACCCACUGGAGCAGGCCUUCCGAACACCCAACGCUCACUUGACGUCCAGCUGCUUGAUAAAUCAGUACUGGGUAAAUGUCAAUGACAAGGCACCGGCCAUACUCUACGACCUGUACAUGAGGCUCACAGGGAGAAAGCCUAGAAUGAUGAAGAUUGUCAAUCGACUGCACAAGUCUAUGAUGCUCAUGCAGUAUUUCUCCACUCAGUCCUGGGCUUGGUCUUCAGAUAAUAUGAAUAUGUUAAUGAGUCACCUUAACACAGAGGACAAAAAGUUAUACAACUUUGAUGUUCGUCAGCUGCACUGGUCAGAAUACAUUGAAAGCUACUGCCUCGGUGCUAAGAAGUACUUGCUAAACGAGGACAUGGCUGGCAUUCCAGCAGCAAAGCAGCACUUACGAAAGCUGAGGAACAUUCGAUAUGCAUUCAACACCACUCUCCUUGUGAUCAUCUGGCGCAUUUUCAUUGCAAGGUCGCAGAUGGCUCGAAACAUCUGGUACUUUGUGGUGAGCCUCUGCUACAAGUUCCUUUCCUACUUCAGGGCAUCCAGCACCCUCAGGCACUGAAGCCGUCCAUCAGCAACCAGCCACUUCCAGAAGGACCUCCAUCUCCUCUAAUCAGCAACUAUGGGCAUCAGGGUCUGAAAGUAGCAGAAAAAUCCCCACCCUCCAACAGCAGCCUGCAUUUACUGUGCACUGUUAUAUGUUCGCCUUUUUCAUUUUAACCAAUGCUUCAAUACAUGGUGGUCUUUCUUCCAUAGGACCAGGCCAAUUUUUAAAGCCAUAACUAAAGCUUUAGGAACAGGUCAAAGCUGGAACCAUUCAUCUGUAGUCUAAUGUGCAAGAGUGAGGAUUAACCAAAGUCAUCGUCUUCCCAUGUACUACCUAGGAUAUAUUAAUCCUAUCAUCUUCCUCAAAAGAGGCAAAUUUAAAGCAUACAACCUUGGAAGAAAAGGAUGCCAUCAGAGAAGACCCAGCCAAGGAAAUUAACCUGUAAGGGGUCUUCCUAAAGAAGCUAUUCCUUCAUUCUCAUUCAGUGAAAUGGUACCUUAUUGAAAAACACGAUUUAACGUUUUCAGUUUUUCAAAACUUAGAGGGGGGAAAAAAGAUCAGUUACACUAGGCCAGCGAACACACUGAACAGUUUUCAGAUCUUGUCUUAUAUUGCUACUGAGGACUGAUAUUUUCAAGCCAUAACUGAAGACACAUGUAGAAUUCAUGUACCUGUGUUAACUCUACUCACUCACAAGCUGCUUUCUUAUGGAAAGGUGUUUUUUCUCUCUGUGGUUAAGGUUGCAGUCUGUCAAAAAGCUCUAUUCUUGCACUUACCACAUUUGCUUGAAACAUUUUUCUGGCUUGAAAAAUGCUGUAUUUACAGUGAGAAUGAAGAGAAGACUUUAAAGACUGACGAAGACUUCAGAAACUCUGUAUUAUGUUUGAGGAAUAGAUCUUUUCCCCUGUCCAUUUGUCUGCAGAAAACUUCUCUCCCUGUAGCUCAAAUCCAGCCUGAUAGUGUCCUUCACGCUUUCAUUACAGCUAAAUCACUUUGAAGGUGAUCACUUAGAUGUAUGGAGGAAAUCCAAUCAGGCCAGUUCUGCUGCUACUCCUGGCAGUAGAAAUUAAAAAGUCUGAAACCUGUUUUUGUUUAGAAUAGGAAAAGGUGCAUUGACUUCUAUGUUAAAACAAUCAUGCACUGUGAAGCUAAUGCAUUUUGUCCUACAUUGCAGUUUAGAAAAGAACCCAAGGAUCUUCCUAAUGCUCAUGUGUAUUAGAGAUACUUGUUUCACCUAGUGAAGUAGGAAUUCUUGGGGGGGGGGGGGGGGGCGGGACAGAGAAAGAGAGCGCCUUCUUCAGAGUAGCUGAUAUAAGGGCCUUAGUGCAACAGCAACAAAUUUAUCGUGCUAUCAGAUUCUCAAAGUCAAAUCUAGUACUGGAAUAUUUUUCAUUCAGGUAACACUGAAUAAGCACUUUAAGAUUAUCAGGCUUUAAAGCAGCUAGUUUUUGAAGCAAUGCAGCGUCCAAUUUCUCUAGUCUUGUGUCAUGCUAGCUGUCUGAAAAAGUAAUGCUACAUCAUAAGAAAAUUACACAGUUGCUCUUUUGAGAGAUAAAGAGUAGCGGAGUAUUUACAAAGCUGGCAUUCUUCAAAAAUUAUCCUUGUUUUUGUCAGUAAAGGCAAAAGCAAGUUAUGACAACAGUAUAUUUAUAUCUUAGGCCUCCAAGCUAGUUCAAAAGUCUUUCUAAAGGUGCAAGGAGUUAAUCUUCCCCCGUGUGACCUAGAGGUCUAGUUUCAAUCAAUUGCCAAAGGAUGCCUGCAGCAGAACCCGACCAGAAGCGUGGUGUCCAGAAUGGCAGGGCUCUGGCAUUCCCUAGGAAAGGCCCCUGUGUUUGUUACACAGCACUUCUGUUCUAUAUCUUAACUAGGUCAAGCACCCGGUUUACAAAGAUUCAAAUUUUUUAAACUCUUUCCUUGAAAACGUCCUUUCAAAAUGAAACCAUGCCGGUUGUUAGCUAUGUGUUUGCCAACUUCAGAAAGCUGGCAGUGCAUGCUGUGCAUGGCACAUGAGGAAGGUGUCACUGCCUGGGGAGCUAGGAGCUGUGGGUUUGAGCACUGGGGACCAGACAUUUCACGUACAGUGCUUUUGUAGCAGGCUAUAUGGUGAAGGUUAGCUGCAUUAGGCUUUGCUAGCAUGGCUGUGCAGAGACUGGCUACCUUGGCGGGGUGAGGCAGGUUGCUGUAGGGACUCCUCUAGAAAGACUGCAUUCCCCCAAGUACAUAAUCAGGUCGUCGAUCAGAUUCCAGUCUUCUGAUACGAAAGGCUAAAAAACAAAACAAAACUGCAGAUUAUUUUGAAACAAACUUCCAUUUAAAAAGUAGGAAAGAAUUUUAACUCGUAUCCUAAAAGCCUUUUUAAGUGCCUGCCUUAUGUACAAAGAAAAGCAACAGCUAAGGGGAUCAUGUGUCUCAUGCAGCACGCGUGACAGACAAAAACUUGAGUCUCACAGAAAAGUCAAAUACUGCAGACCUGCUACACCUACAGUGUCUGGUCUACAUCAGUCAGCUCUACCAUGAGUAAAGUGUCCUGCCUCCCCUUCCCCACUGCCAGUCAUGCCAUGCAUUCCUCACAUAUGCCUGUAGGCACUCACAGUUAUUUCCACAGGCUGUAUUGUCCCAGCAAGUCUGAGAUGUAUCCUUGCUCACCUGAGCCUUUCCGGACCUGUUUUCUGCACUGCAGAAAGAUGCUUCAGAUUUCACUCAGAACAAUGGGGGAAUCAUGUUUUAAAGCUCUUCAGCAUUUUGCUGAAGGCAACAGCCACAGCAAAGCUGCUACUCAGUCUUGAAAAAAAAACAGCAGGAGCCGCUUGGGAUGUUGCAGAAACAUAGCUGUGGCAGAUGGUGCAGGCUCUUCUGGAGACCCUUCAUAGCCCGCGCAGCGCUGCCGGCAGCUGGCUCCAGAGCUCUGGCCUUGCCGGGGCCGGGGGGGGACCAAGCUGUUAGCUUUUCUUAACACAGACAUAACAUGCAGUGGAGCUUGAAUCUUGUGGCUUGAGAUGUUUUCAGCUGAUUGUCUGAACCACAAAAACAUUUCAGAAAAACCUUACUGCAGAGACUGACGUGUGGCGAUGGUCUUUGAGUGCCAGUUGUGGCUGUCAUCAUGGAGAGCUGACCUCGCGUAAGAACUUGUUCUCACCUCAAGCAGUGAUUUAUCGUUGAUGUUUUACUGUGUGGUCCCCAGUGUAUUUGUAUGUUCUCUGAAGAAACCCAAGCCUUAGGAAAAAUAGCUAAAAGAAAACAUGGAGUGACAGCCACUUAUUUUCUUCCCUGUUCUCUCUCUUGCUCUUUCAUGCAUACUCACAAGCUUUUAUGUAUUCGCACAUGAAAAGCUAAAUACAGUUUUUACCAAGUUAAAUUGCAGGGCCUGUGCUGACCAUGCACAAAUUAACAUGAUCAACUCAGGAGUGGAUAUUACUCAUGGCUAAAGGCUGUAGCUUUUCAUACCUGUAAGGUUGAAGCAGGACUCAAGCUUUUUUUUUUUUUUUUCCCCUACAAAGGUAGCAUGGUCAGUGCUACGGGGAGGAGAGGAGUAGGAGGAGCAUUCCUGCAGCCUCUGCCCAUAGACAGCAGAAGCUUUACUAGGCAGAGAGCAUCCAGCUCCACCAGGCAAGGGAGGCCGGAGGGAUGAGAGAAAUAGGAGCUGCCAAACUCAGAGGACUCUGCCUCCCAAGGAGUGGGGGAAGAGCGCCAUCAGCAUUUUGUUAUCAGUUUGGUUUCUUGUAGUAAAACAUAUGAACUGAAAGGCUCCUCCAUCCUCCCCCCAGCUACCAUCAGGCAGCAUAGAGAACAAUUUUGGCAGUCGUUCUUCACAGCCACAAGCGAAACUACCUGCCACAAGACAGUGUAAUGGGAUGAUUUGUUUGUGCGCUGUGAACCUGCAGCGUAUCUGCCCCCCUCAGAGUGUCAGAAGCCUGCAGUGCUGCUAAAGAAAUAACAUGGACCACUGCUGAACCCAAACUACUAAUGUUUUGUUAAUACCAUGCAUAUACACUAGUCUGUAGGCUAUCGCUAUGACCUGCUGUGCAAAAGCCGUGAAACACCAAAUAUCAUUUCACUGUCAAAGAGCAGUGGGCAGAAGCUUGCAAUUAAGUACCUUUUUUUUUUUUUAUUAUUAUUAAAUUGUGAUAACAACAAAAAACCCCGCAAAUUCCUAAAAUUAAUCAGAGUUUAAACUGCCUUUUGACUGACAACCAAAGCUGUUUAUCUCCAGCAUGUCUGUUACCAAAAAAACCUAAAAUUUCUCACCCUCUUCGCCUUCUAUCCCAAUAAUUUUAUUAAGAAAAUACAAUUCAUUCCUGGUAAGGUGGCAAGUAACAGAUAUACUGGUGUAUUACAGGCUGUUGGCCCAUUACCCACCUCCUCAAGAAAUUUGUUAUUUUCCAUUUUCUAAGAAAACAUUAUUAUAUAUGCCUGUGUGUAUAGCUACAUUUUUCAGCACCAGUCUUCUCAUACAACAGACAGAGAUGGUGAAGGCAGCGGAGCUCAUAUUGAAAUGCCAGGCUGUGCUUGGUUGGUAUCGCCGUUCCAAUUCAGUUUAAGACAAAGUGAUUAAAACCUACCCUAGUUUCCAUUGUAAAGGAAACUAACCUGUGGUACCAUAAACCAAAUCAUCAUCAUGAAUAAGCAACUGGGAAAAGAGGGAGGGGGGCAUUCUUUUGUUUGUAAAUAAGCUACAGCUUCAUGGUCAAAAGCAUGCUGUUGCUCUUCCAGCACUGACAUUCUACUGCAGAAAGCAAGGAUGAACUUCUAUUACAAUUGGACCCUUUAUUCUAGUGCAGAAUAAAUCAUAUACUGUACAUUCCCCAGAAGUUAAAUGGUGAAUAUACUGCUACAUGGUGCUAAAUAUCGGUAUGGAGGUGGUACAGACGUAAGAGAAUUAACAAAAAAAAAAAAAAAAUCGUAUUUGGGGAAUAAAGGUAUACUGUCCCACUUUAUUGCUUAAAAGUCAACUAUGAAUUGAGUUGGUUUGUUCAGAUUAACAUGAAAAUGCUUAUGAAAGGUUUCUUGUCCUUAUAUAAUCUCGGCAGACCCCAGUUUAUAGUAAAAUAUGUACUCUCCCACUGUCCAAAGUUUAUACAGUUCUAUCUGCUAUUUCUAUUCUCGUUAGCUAUGAGACAACUUACUGUUAUAAAUCUUAAUUACAAAGUUUCUAAUGUUAAGGUGUAAUCUUUUGAGCUCUCAAAUCAGAUAAAAUGGUAAAGUCACAAAUUAUGAGAACCUCAGCCAUAAAAUUGUUAAUAUGAUGUUUAUGUUAUUUUAAACAUUUAAUAAACCAAAAUAUUUUAAAA